UCCCGCCCAUCUUCAACUUCUACCUCGUACCUACACACCCGCCAUGGCCUCCGCUUCCCUCCCCGACCCCCCGCGCGACCUCGAGUCCAUCGCCGCCGUCGAGUCCUCCCUCGUUUUCCCCUCCUUCACCGCCGACACGGCCUGGGAGCUGGGCAACGCGCUGCGCACGCGACUGCUGGCCUUCCCCGCCCCCGCCGUCGUCAACAUCACCCUGGCCAACGCGAACCAGCUGCUCUUCCACACGGCGACGCGCUCCGGCACCCAGCCCGACAACGACCUGUGGGUCGCCCGCAAGCGCACCACCGUCCUGCGCUGGGGCUUCUCUUCCUGGUACAUGCACAACAAGCUUGGCGGUGAUGAGGCCCGCUUCGCUGCCAAGUAUAUGCUGGGUGAUCGCGCUGGCGACUAUGCCAUCCAUGGUGGCGGGUUCCCUGUCCGUGUCAAGGGCGUCGAGGGUAUCGUUGGUGUCAUUGUCGUUAGCGGGUUGAAGCAAGAGUGGGACCACCAGGUCAUUGUCGAGACGAUCGAGCAGUACUUGAAGAAGCAGGGUGCGUGAGGAUAUAAAAUUCGUUGGUAAGAAGUGUUGUUUUGGGGGAUGAUGGGCCGUUUCGGGAAAGGUGCGUUGCAUGAAUGCUCGCAACUGCCCUUUCUAACCCUCUCUAGAGACCUGACACCCAGUCACGACUGUACAGAAGCUUGUCCAUAUCAUGUUUAUAUGAAUCGAUGCUGGCACGUAAAAAGUUCUCGCUAUUGAAAUUCACCACCUACCCUACCUACAUUUUCUUCAUUUAACCGCUCUCUCCGGACACAUCAGUCUACCAUUGGCGAUGCAUUAUCUGUGCGGGCUUCUACGUUUAGAAUCCUUGGAUAAUAUUGGGAG